AUGGUAGAGCACGUAGGUGGACAUCAGGUGGAGUUAGGGGGAAUUCAUUUACAAAAUGAAAUUCCUUCCGAUGUGAAGAUUGUGCUAUCGGAGCAGGAUGAAUGGCAACUUGAGCAUGCCAAACUUCAUGAAAAACAUCGUGGACAUGAAGCCAUGCACUUCGAAAUGUUUUUAAUUUUAGUCACAACUUUGAUAGUUGGUCAGAUUUUUCUUGUACAGUGGAAGAAACGUCACUUCAAAUCAUAUCAGUUAUGCACUUUACUGGGAAUGUGGCUUAUACCUAUUUAUGUAUGUGUGAGUAGAGAAUGGUACAGAUUCAUUGCGACUUGGGUAAUAUUCACGAUCAUCUCUGCCCUAGUUUGGUUCAAGGCUUCAGCCGAUCAUGUAGCGGGAACGACACCAAGAUUAGUAUACAAAUGGUUUUUGUUUUUACAUAAACUCAGUUAUGUGCUCGGAAUCGUCGGCUACUUCGUUAUGAUGUUCACUUUGUUAGGUUUCGCGUUGGUUUUCAACUUGAGUACUAAUGGAUGUAUGGAUACUGGCAUUCUUCUCUUGUUCUAUGGCUUGUACUAUGGUGUGUUGGGGAGAGAUUUGGCUCACAUAUGCACAGACAGAAUGGCUUGUAAAAUUGGGUAUUUCACUCAUGAAGGUUUACCUAAGAAACAUCUUGAACCUGGUGUCUGUGCCGUAUGCGAUACAGCUUUGAUUCAUCAACAGGACCCAGACGAAGAUGAUGAGAAGACGCAUAAAUUGUCAUGUGGUCAUACGUUCCAUGAGUUCUGUAUUCGUGGUUGGGUAGUAGUGGGAAAACAACAGACAUGUCCAUAUUGUAAAGAAAAAGUUGAUUUAAAGCGAAUGUUUAAGAAUCCUUGGGAGAAACCCCAUCUGUUUUACGGUCAAUUAUUGGAUUGGAUACGAUAUUUGGUUUGCUGGCAACCCUUGAUCGUUACCGGGGUUCAAUACCUCACAAAUUUUUUGGGAUUAGAAUAG